AUGCCGUCCAACGACACACCCAAUGCUAACGGCACCUCCCCCAACUCGGGCGACGAGCCCAGGAUCGGCCGCGAGCUGUGGACACAUCCGGCGCCUGAAACGACGCAAAUGCACGCUUUCAAGACCGACAUCUCGCGCAGAUACGGCAUCACAUUUGGCCCCGAGACCGACGCGUCCGCGAGUCUCUGGCGGUGGUCGGUCGACAACAUUCCCGAGUUCUGGGCCGAAGUGUGGGAUGCGUGCGGGAUCCGCGCCAAUCGCCGGUUCGACAAUGUUGUGGAUCCCGCCGCACCGAUGUUUCCGCGCCCCAAGUGGUUCUCUGGCGCGAAACUUAAUUUCGCGGAAAACUUGCUGUUUCCGCAGGUAGCCGAACCCCCGCACGAGGAUGCGAUAGCGAUCAUUGCGGCUACGGAGGAGACGAGGGAUCGCAAGACGUGGAAGGAGCUCCGGGAGCGCGUGAGGGUCUAUGCUGCGGCCAUGGCGGGGAAGGUGCAGGCAGGGGAUCGAGUUGUCGGAUUCGUGGGGAACCAUUUCGAGGCACUGGUGGCUAUGUUGGCUGCCACCUCGCUGGGUGCGAUCUGGUCGGGUGUCAGCCCGGAUAACGGCUCCACCGCUGUCUUAGACCGGUGGACGCAGCUCGAACCCACUGUCCUCUUCGCCGAUAAUGCCGUCUUCUACAACGGACGAGCCCACGACUCGAUAGCCAAGCUUGCUGAGAUUUUGAAGGGCCUCCCGUCGCUGAAACAUGUCGUCGUGCUGGAGAAGUUCCCGGCCAUUCCCGUCGACUUGAGUAUCUUGACAUUAUCAAGCGACGGCAAAGCAUGGCUAGAGGAAGAGUUUUUGGCGGCGGCAGAGGACCCCCGGAGGCCGCUUGAAUUCUUACAACUCGAGCCGGAUUGGCCGGUUUACAUCUUGUUCUCAUCCGGGACCACCGGCAAGCCCAAAUGUAUCUGCCAUGGAGCUAUUGGCACCUUGAUCCAACACAAGAAGGAGCACACGCUGCACUGCGACAUGAAGCCGGGUGACGUGUUCUUCCAGUACACCACCGUCACCUGGAUGAUGUGGCAUUGGCUUGUUUCUGGUCUGGCCAGUGGUCUGACAGUUGUCCUUUAUGAUGGUUCUCCAUUCAGGCCGCUCGUCGACGGGAAUGGAGAUGCGGCGAUGCCGGGAUUGAUCGAGGAACUCGGCGUGACGCAUUUUGGAACCUCCGCCAAAUAUCUGUCGAUACUCGAACAGAAGAAUAUUCAGCCCAGAGACAGAUACCCGCUGAAAUCCCUUAAGGCAAUAUACUCGACGGCCGCAGUAUUGGCUCCAUCGACUUUCGAAUAUGUCUACCAGGCAUUCGGCGCCAUCAACUUAGGCUCCAUUACCGGUGGAACCGACAUCAUCUCUCUUUUUGGAGCGCCAAACCCUCUUGUGCCCGUUCACAGCGGCUACAUCCAGUGCAUCGGGCUGGGAAUGAAAGUCGAAGCCUUCGACAUAUCCGGCAAGAACUGCGAGAGGACUAACGAACCCGGGGACCUCGUCUGCACCGCGGUGUUUCCCAGCCAACCCGUAUCCUUUUGGGGCGCGGACGGCGCCGCCGCCUACGAGCGCUCCUACUUCACCACUUUCCCGGGAAUCUGGCACCACGGCGACUUCGUCAAGAUCUCGCCGACCACGCGCGGCCUCCUAAUGCUCGGGCGCAGCGACGGCCUACUCAAGCCUGCCGGCGUGCGUUUCGGCAGCGCAGAGAUCUACAAUAUCCUGCUCUCGCACUUUCCCACGUCCAUCAGCGACGCGCUGUGUAUCGGCCGUCGCCGCACGACCGAUACCGACGAGGCCGUGGUGCUCUUCUUGCUCAUGGCGCCGGGACACGAGCUUACACCCGAAUUGAUGAAGGAGAUCACGCAGGUCGUUGCUAGGGAGCUCAGUAGCAGACAUGUGCCCGCGUUCAUCGAACAGUGUCCGAAGAUCCCGCUUACGACUAAUGGGAAGAAGGUCGAGGUCGCGGUAAAGCAGAUAUUGUCUGGCUGGGAUGUUAAGGUCAGUGCUAGUGUGGAGGAUCCAGAGGUGCUGGAUUGGUACCGGAAGUGGGCGGAGGAACAUUAG